AUCUAGAUUUAAAUUAUCCACUUAGGUGCAUUAAUGUUAUAACGAUAAUUUAAAACUUUUAAUACGCGUUUUACGAUUGCUUUUAAUAAUACUAAUGCAGUUUUAUGAAACUGUUUAUCUGUUAUGAGCCGCUAUAAAAAUAUUGUUCCUGCUGGAGAGGAAAGCGAAGAAGAUUACGAUGACUAUGGUGAUUAUGAACCUCAUAGAAAUGUUAUAAUUCAGCCUCAGGUAGAAGAUUUUCAGUUAACCCUUCAGUAUGCUUGUCAAUCAAACAAUGUACAAGAAAUCAUUCGUACUUUAUCAUCUAGUUCUAUUGAAAUCAAUAAUUUCUUGCACGGAUCAUGGACAGCAUUAAUGUAUGCUUCUUUUAAUGGUUCAAUUGAUGCUAUGAAAUAUCUUUUAGAUAAUGGUGCUGAUCCCACAAUAUCUUAUGAUUGUCACAAUGUUAUUAUGUGUGUAUGCAAUUGUAAUAAUGUUUGUAUUGAAGAUAAAUUGUUAAAAUGUUUACAGUUAUUGUUGCCUUACAAUAUGGACAUUAAUGCUAAAGAUAGGUCUGGAAUGACAGCUUUAAUGUAUGCUUGCUCUAAUGGUUGGUCAAAAUUAGUUGAAAUGUUAGUACACAAUGGUGCUCAAAUUGAAGCUAAGAAUAACCAAAAUGGUGAGACAGCAUUAUUUUUUGCAGUACGUUGUAACUCUGUUAAUACUGUUAAGUUUCUAUUAUCACAUGGUGCUGACAAGGAUGCUGAAGACAAAAGGUAUCAAACAAUUCAUAGAAUUGCUGAAAAUAAAGGCAUGACUGAGAUUUUAAAUCUUUUAAGCACAGCCUACAGUAAAGAUCAACAUGAAAUGUAUGAUUCUGAUGAAUACACUUAUUGGGAUCAAGUAAUUUAUGAAUUGAGUAAUGGAUUUAAAACAGAUAUUAAAAUAUUCUUGGAAAAUCUAUCAAUGGAUAUAUAUAUUGACAGAAUAUGUUCUAAAUCCAUUUCUUUUAAACAAUUACUUACUGGUAAUGAAGUUAAAUUUAAUGAGAUGGGCAUAACAUUAUCACCACACCGCAAACUCAUGGAAACUGCUCUAAAAACUUUUCAUGUUUGGAAUUGGUCUAAUCAAUCAUUAGGACUUAAAAAAAAAAAAGACUUUAAUGCUGAAAACUUAAUUCAGUUUUUAGCUAUUAUUGUUAGACAAUUACAUAUUUUAGACGCAUCACUUAUAUAUUUAGGAACACAUAGUUACAAUCUAGAUCCUCAAAAAGGUGAAAAAGCUAAAAUGUAUUUACAAAAAAUUAAAUCUACAGAAAAUAAAAUAUUCAUUAUUUUAGAUAAACAGAUUAAAAAAAAAAAAGUGGAUUAUAUGGGCAUUGACAAAAUAAAUGUUCAAAACCAAUCAUCUAGUUUCAAGUAUAUUGUAAUAGUUACCACAGCUAUUAUAAUAGUGACAUUGUACAAAAUGUAUAAAUAAUUUAAAUGUUUAGGAUAUUAAAUAAUUAAAUUUAUUAUUAAGAAAUUUUAAAAAUGUUUUAAAAUUCAAUUGUAGUAUAUAAAUAUACAUAUAUGUAUUAAUAUAUCAUAAUUAUAAUGACAAAAUUUAUUUUAUAUGUUAUAAUAAAAAUAUAGAA